CACGCAAUCAACAUAUCUCAAAUGCCCAAAGUCACCAAGAAGGCAAGAGCCCUCCGGGAACUCGACAGUAGUCUACAGCAACUUCAACCCCUGCUUCAUAUACCGAAAUAUCGAGCACAAUACGAUGCCGAGCUGGCGCGUCGCACGGAAAUAGAGAGCAAACGGUACUAUGACCGUCCUGCGACAUACAAAAAGUCCCAUCUCUCUUCAAGCAUGUCCGAGAACAUAGAUGCCAUACUGAAUGCCCCAGAGGAGGAAUUUAGGAGAAGCUUUAGGAUGUCAAAGCAGGAGAUGGAGAAAGAGAUAUGGGUUAGAUUUGCAGGCGCGUCAGUGUUCCAGAGCACGGGGAGUAGAAAACAGGCGAAAGCAGAGUAUCAACUAGCUUUACUGGUGUAUAGAUUGGCUCAGCCUGGGUGCAUGACUACCAAGGACAUACAGCAGAAAUUUGGCAUCAGUGCCGGUACUACAAACGAGUGGACCAAACGCGCCCUCACCGCCGUCCUCGAACAGUUCCCUUUGAUCGUUUCCUGGCCUUCAUCACAAGAACGUUCCUUCAUUUGCUCACAUUCUCCAUCGUCCAAUCGCAUACCCGAAUGUAUUGGCUAUCUUGACGGCAUUCACAUGCAUUUUCACAGAGGUGGAUUGAAACCUGGUGGGCCAAUGGAGUAUUGGCAGGAAAGCUGUCGCGAAGGGUACAAUUUUUUGGGGGUGUGUGAUGACCGUUUGAGAAUGCGGAUGGUUGUUGCAGGGCCCACAGAGGGGAAAGGACAAGACAAGACGAUGCAAGAUGGGCUACCAUGGCGAAGCGGAAGUACUGGGGAGUAUUUCGACGGCAAACAGUUUGUCGUGGCCGAUAAGGGAUUUGAGUGUGGCAACAUGGUUUUGCCUCUGUAUGAUCUGGACCCGAAACAGCAAGAGACAGAUGAUCCCACUGUCCAACGACAGAUGUUCUUCAACCACCAAGCCCAACCAUUGAUACGCAAUAUGAUACAAACAGCAUGGGGUAUGAUCAAAUCUCGGUGGCAAUACCUCAAUGCGGCGCACAUUCUUAUUUACGCCGACGAAGCAGAAAAGGCACGAGACAUGGUCCUAGCAGCAGUUGUGCUGCACAAUCUUUUGAUAGACUCAGUGGAGGAGUACGUAAGCAGAGAAGAAGCUUUAAGGUUGCAAAUGAAUGAGAAGUUUACGGAAAGGUGGUCCGCCUUGCGCAGCAGAUAGUUUGUUGUGCCUUUACGAUUACAGGGGAAUUAUCAUUGUGUUGUUGUAUAUAGAUCUAGGCCACUAUGCAAAUACAAAUA